AGAGUCAGCAGGCAGCAGCCCAACCGGUGGAACCACAGCCCAGUGGGGGAGGGCUGUAACCUACCAGGUUAGAGGAGCUAAGGGGCUGGGAAAGGGAAGGAAUCAGACAGGGGUGAGAUAUUUCCUCGGCUACUCAUAAAAAUGACAGCUCUCAAAAUUCUGCUCUUCAUGUCUUGCCCUUGCCCAUAGAUUUUAGACCAUACUAAGUUGAUGAAUACUGAUUUUUUUUCCAUUUAUUCUCUUGGCAAAUUUUUCUUAUAGAAGUACUCUAGUGGAGUAUUUGAAACUAUCUGUUAAUAUUGGCAAACGUGUUUGGUUUGGUUGUUGUUUUUGUUUUGUUCUUGUUAUUUUGCUAUGAUAGAAAGGACAACGCUCCUGAAAUUUACAUUAGUCCACACUAAUUUCUUUGUAUACCUGGGAACUUGGCACCUACGGAGAGGUUUUAACUAUCAGUAAUGAAAGGAACAUGUAAGGAAUUUUUAAGAGCAAGGGCAUCUUUGCAGUCAGGAGCAAAAGCAAUACAACAAAGUCACACCACACAACAAACAUCGUGCAAGAGAUAUAUUGCAGAUAAACAGAAUGGCAGCUACUCUGAAAGGGAAGAGAGUUGGAAGGCUAGGCAGAGGGAUGGGUGUUUAUAGUGUCUUUGGAGCAUGUGAAAUGACGUACUGGAAAAGAACAGUGGGUCCUGAAGUAUUGCUUGGUCAUUAAAGCUGGAACAAUGUAAUCUGUUAACACUGAGUAAUGAAGGGAUUUCCAGGUUUUAAGGCCCUGGAGGCACUGAAAUGACUAGCCUCCCCUCCUACCCCAGCAUCAUCCCCAGGUUUCUCUUAGGGCCAUAACUGCCAUUUCCAGCCCCUUGGGUCAGAAAGUGGCCAAGCUGCUGUCCUAAAGAGAAAGAGAGAGAGAGAGAAAAAAAAAGUCCAUGAUCAAGCUACAAAGGCUUCCAUCAUUUUCAGUUCAUGAUAAGUUCAGAACUUUAUUAGUGUAUAUUAUUCUCAUUCCAAUCAUCCAGUUUCAUUUCUACCCAUAAGUUUUCAAGAAGCUGUGAUUGGAAGUGAGGUUCACGCUAGACUAACUGAAAAUGUUUUCUAAAUAUUUUUCAAUAUUCUGACACUGAAUGGCAUUUGGGGGAUCAUUGUACAGUCUUCAGUUUUGUUCCUCUUUAUUGACUGAGCACAGUACUGUGCUAGGAAUCCAAGUACAGGCUCACUGAUCAUCCAGAUCAGCUCACCUGUGGAACAGAACACAGACCUGGAAGGUGGACAGGGAGGAGACAGUAGCUAAGGAUCCAGGUGGAUUAUUGGUAGAAUUCUUCCUUCUCUGAGAGAAUUGGUCCACUUGUCAUCUAUUCAUUAUUCUUCAAAGAGAAAUUCAAAGAAGAGAAACAACAAGAAAUGGCUGAUUCUUCAGUCAACUUGUCCCAGGGUCUGUUGACAUUCCGGGAUGUGACUGUGGACUUCUCCCAGGAGGAGUGGGAAUGCCUGGACUCUGCUCAGAGGGCUCUGUACAUUGAAGUGAUGUUGGAGAAUUACAGCAACCUGGUAUAUGUCGAGAACUACUGCAUAUGUGAUACAGUCUGUCAACAUGUGAAGACUGAAAAGGAGUCUUGUAAUGAGCUUGGUGAAAUGCUUCAUGAACCCUCCAACUGUGCCCUUUAUAAUAGAAGCGACACUACAGAAGCCUCUAACAACUACAGAUGCUGUAAGGACCAGGAUGCCUCUCUUGACUCAUCAAACCCAGAUAGACUUAAAAGCACGCACACUGGAAAAGAACGUUGUGAAUCUAAAGACUGUGCGAAAUCUUCCAGUUUGUGUUCCAGCAUUGCUCAAGAUCAGAGAACAAACAGUACAAACAAAGAACAGAGACAGGAAAAAUAUGAUGACCAUUUCAUCUCUACACACAGUCUCAUGCAACAAGCAAUCUAUAUUGGAGAGAAUCCACACCAGUGUAUGAAAUAUGGGAAAUGUUUCAGUAGUGCCUCAAGCCUCGGGGUACAGCAGAGAACUGAUACUGGAAACAAACCCUACAAGUGCAAUAUUUGUGACAAAUCCUUUACUGAGUGCUCAAGUCUUAAAGAACAUCGAAAAACACAUCAAAGACUUCGUGCUGGAACAAACCCUUACAAAUGCAAUGACUGUGGAAAGUCAUUUUCAUAUUUGUCUGCACUUCAAAGUCAUCAUAAAAGGCAUACUGGAGAGAAGAGGUACAAAUGUAAAGAAUGUGGCAAAUCCUAUGCCUACCGUACUGGUCUGAAGAGACAUCAGAAAAUCCAUACUGCAGAGGAAUGUUAUAGUUGUCAAUACUGUGGCAAGGUCUUUCAUCAGCUUUCACACUUUAAAAGUCAUUUCACACUCCAUACUGGAGAGAAGCCUUACAAAUGCAAUGAGUGUCACAGAUCUUUUCCCCACUAUGUAUUCUUUAGAAGGCAUAAGAAAAAUCAUUCUCUACAGAAAUCACACAAAUGCAAAGAGUGUGGUAAGUCCUUUUUUAUAUUAUCACAUCUUAAAACUCAUUACAGAAUCCAUACUGGUGAGAAGCCUUACAAAUGUACAAAAUGUGACAAACUCUUUACACAGUACUCACAUCUUCGAAGACAUCAAAGAAUUUAUACUGGAAAGAAACUUUAUAGAUGUGAGGUAUGUGACAAAUGGUUUACUCUGUCCUCAAGUCUCAGCAGACAUCAGAAAAUCCAUACUGAAGCAAAAACUUACAAAUGCAAGGACUGUGACAUAUUCUUUAACCACUACUCAAGUCUUAGAAGACAUCAGAAGGUUCAUACUGGAGAAAGACAUUAUACGUGUAAACAGUGUGGCAAGUCUUUUACUAGGGGCUCAACUCUUAGAGUACAUCAGAGAAUUCAUACUGGAGAAAAACCUUACAAAUGUAGUGAAUGUGACAAAUCAUUUACCCAGGCCUCACAACUUAGAACACAUCAGAGAGUUCAUACUGGAGAGAAACCUUAUGUAUGUAAGGAAUGUGGCAAAUCACUUACUACAUGUGCAAUUCUUAGAGCACAUCAGAAAAUUCAUACUGGAGAAAAACCUUACAAAUGUAUGGAAUGUGACAGAUCCUAUAUCCAAUACUCACAUCUUAAAAGACAUCAGAAAGUUCAUACUGGAGAGAAACAUAAAAUUGUAAAUAAUGUGACAUAGCAUUCAUCCAGUAUUCUCUCUGUGUUCAAAUCCCAACAUUAUACAUAAUAGAAAUAUAUGCAUGAGAGACAGGGGAAAGCCUUUAAUAAAGUUUUAAAUCUUACAAUUUAUCACAAAGUUUGUCAAAAUAAAUUCCAAAUGUGAUUAUAUGAAAA